CAGCCCUCGCUGUAGUAGGAUUCGCGAAGUGUCUCUCCGGAUGUGUUCAUCACAGGCGGCAGUGAUCCAGCAGCAGCAGCAGCAGCAGCAGCGGUGAGGUGAGGUGAGGUGAGGUGAGCGAGUGAGAGAGAGCGACUCUCUCAGCAGCAUCAUGGCGGAGCAGAGCGACUCCCCGGCGGCCGGCCAAGCCUCGCAGCCGGCGCUCACCACCAGCUGGCCCAUAGUCAAGGAGGCGUACGAGCUCCAGGAGGUGAUCGGUAGCGGAGCCACAGCAGUCGUCCAGGCAGCGCUUUGUAGCCCUCGACAGGAGCGUGUGGCCAUCAAGAGAAUCAACCUGGAGAAAUGCCAGACCAGCAUGGAUGAGCUGUUGAAAGAGAUUCAAGCCAUGAGCCAGUGUAACCAUCCCAACGUGGUCACCUACUACACUUCCUUUGUUGUGAAGGAUGAACUUUGGCUGGUCAUGAAGCUCCUGAGUGGAGGAUCAGUGUUAGACAUCAUAAAGCACACGUUCAGCAAAGGAGAGCAUAAAAACGGUGUCCUAGAUGAAUCUACAAUAGCAACCAUUUUGAAGGAAGUACUGGAAGGAUUAGAUUAUCUACACAAAAAUGGGCAGAUUCACAGGGACGUGAAGGCUGGUAAUAUUCUACUGGGAGAAGAUGGAUCGGUGCAGAUCGCAGAUUUCGGAGUGAGCGCUUUUCUGGCCACCGGUGGAGAUGUCACUAGACACAAAGUAAGGAAAACAUUUGUGGGGACCCCAUGCUGGAUGGCCCCGGAGGUGAUGGAGCAGGUACGGGGUUAUGACUUCAAAGCUGACAUUUGGAGUUUCGGAAUCACUGCCAUUGAACUCGCGACAGGAUCUGCACCUUAUCAUCGCUACCCCCCUAUGAAGGUUUUAAUGCUCACGCUGCAGAACGAUCCUCCAACCUUGGAGACUGGGAUUGAGGACAAAGAGAUGCUUAAGAAGUAUGGGAAAUCGUUUAGAAAACUUAUAUCCUUGUGCCUUCAGAAGGACCCUGCAAAGAGGCCCACUGCAGCCGAGCUUUUGAAAUGUAAAUUUUUCCAAAAGGCUAAGAAUCGAGAGUACUUGAUUGAAAAGCUGCUUAGUAAAGGACCAAAUAUAAGCCAAAGAGCCAAAAAGGUCAGAAGGGUUCCGGGGUCCAGUGGUCAUCUGCACAAGACCGAGGAUGGAGACUGGGAAUGGAGUGAUGACGAAAUGGAUGCGAGAAGUGAGGAGGGGAAGGCUGCUGUCAAUCAUGGAAGGUCACGCAGGGUCAAAGAUGAAAACCAGCAUGGUGAAGUGAAUGCUAACUGUCUCCCGCUAGAGGACCUGUCCAUUCAGCAUCCCCAGGUUCAACCGUUGGAGAAAACCUUGAGCGCUCAGGGAGCAGUGAACAUGGUCCUGAGGUUAAGGAACUCAAGGAAGGAGUUGAAUGACAUACGGUUUGAAUUCACUCCAGGACAAGACACUGCUGAUGGAGUUUCUCAGGAGCUCUUCUCUGCUGGUCUGGUCAAUGGCCAUGAUGUUGUUGUGGUGGCUGCUAACCUUCAGAAGAUUGUAGAAGACCCAAUUACCUAUAAAGUAUUGACCUUUAAGUUGGCAUCUGGUUGUGACAGCACAGAGAUCCCAGAUGAGGUGAAGUUGAUUGGCUUCGCCCAGCUGAGCGUCACCUGAUAGCAUCUAGUUACCACAGCAGAGGGAGAGCAGAAGGACGGGAGAGCGAACGCUGCAGGAGACGCCGCUAGCGCAUUCAAGACCUCUGCUGCAAAACUCCCACCUCCUGCUCCCAUUCAGGUUUUCCUUCUCCUCCCCAAUCACCUGCCCUCUGCACCUGUUCAAUCAAACGCUUUUGCACACACUUUUGCCCUUGUUCCCAGACACUGUAUGCCUUUCACCAAAACAUUCCAGCAUUCAUGUCCCAGAAUUCAAAGCAGGAGCCAUCAUCUCAGGAGGCAAAAGCUAGUGAAACAAAAAGUUUUAUUUUUAUUUUUUAUUAUUAUGAUUGUUAUUGUGUUACCUCUUAGCUCUUACCAUAUUAUUAUUAUUAUUAUUAUUGAGAAAAAAAAGCCUUUUAUUUUAUGUAAGAGUAGCGCAAAACUGAAGUGGAGACAUCUCCCUCUGAAUGUAAAAAGCACAUUUUCAUUCUGAAUGUUAACACAAUCAAACUGUAUUGUACAUAGACCUUCUGAUGUCUAAAAUAAGGGAAUAUUUUGUUGUUUUAGUUCUAGCUCCAAGAGGACGAGAGCAGAGAACCGAAUGCUGCCAUGUGCAAACAUGCUGCUUUCUUUUUUCGGGGACAGUGUUGAUGCUUCGACGCUAGAGGUGCCUUGUUUUUUUUUUAAUCUGUGCCUAAGAAAUGUAGGUUACAGGCUUGAAGAACGCUGCUCGUCGGCAGAUUCGCUCAUAGUAUUCUCAGCGGUCAGUGGCUCGCGUUGAAGUUACCAGCUGAUGCACUUUGAUUUCAUGCGGUGCGAUGUACAUGCACCUGCGACGCUUAGACCCUACCUAACUAUCCACAUUUAACCCGUUAAAGCUGACAAACAAGGUCAUCGCUACCACAACGCACACCUUAAUCCUGAUAUAUCAUGUUCACAGAUGGCCAGUGGUUACGCGUCAUUUCUACAGCACUAGAAUGUGUUUGUUUUUGAGCCCAGAAUGCAUCUGUCUAUCACUGAACAUGAAGUAUUUUGUAGAGGAAACCAAAUGUCUACUACUGAAUGACAGAAAAGCCAUCUGUGUGUCCAAAACCAGUACAGUAGCUUGAAUUAAAUUAUUCUGUUCUCAGCCCAAAUGUAAAUAAAUAUUAAAUACUUUAUUAUGAUAAUUAUUAUAAGUUGAAUUGUGUUUUCUAUAUACCAUGCGUGUUCCCUCCCUACUAUUCAGCCCUUCUGUAAUCAUCAAAGAAUAUAAACUUUCUGCAAAGGUACAACAAAUAAAACAGAAUUGCUACUAUUAAA